UUUAAAAGGCCCACGGUUAGGUAACCACAAACCAUUCAGACAGAGCAGUAGGACUGGGAUUAUUAUCUAUAAAUACAAAGCUCGCUCUAUUUUUAUCCUUCACUACACGCCUCUGCUUUCGAAUACACUCUAUUUUUGUAAUCGCUAAUCCUCAUUGCUUUUGCACAGAGUACUAAUGGAAAUUGGAAGUUUGCCAAGCAUGGCCAAAGGGGAAUUUAAAUCGGGCAGCUCGAAUAAUGGGUUAGUUGUUAAUGGCGAAAAUAAUCUGAGCAAAGUGCUGCACAUGAGUUCGGGUGGUGGUGAGAGUAUCUAUGCUCAAAACUCGAGCACGCAGAGCUCCGUCUUUAAAUCCAUGCAGCCAACCUUCCACCGCCUAAUUCAAUCUCUCCCCGUUCAAAAUACAGGAGGUUUAUUGCGAAUUGCGGACUUGGGCUGCGCCAGUGGAAUGAACACCGUUUCUGAGGUGGAUUUUGUGGUGACGACCAUAAAAAAGCUGUGCUCUAAGCGAGGUCUGUCGGUUCCUCAGCUACAGGUGUUUUUCAACGACCUGCCUUGUAACGAUUUUAACGGUUUGUUCAUGCUGUUGAGCUCGUUGAAGCCCGAUUACAUGGCGGCGGGAGUGCCCGGAAGCUUCUACCAAGCCCUUUUUCCCGAUGGCACCAUCAACAUAUGCUUCUCUAUUAUGGCAUUGCAUUGGCUUUCUCAGGUUCCCGAAGGCGUAGGGAACGAGGGGUCCUGUGUGUACAACAGAGGAAAGGUUUGGAUUAAUGGAGGCAGAGCAGAAGUGGCGAGAGCAUAUGCAGAGCAGUCACAGAAGGAUCUGCGUGAAUUCUUCCGAUGGCGAGGAGAGGAAAUGGCAAGCGGGGGCGUGAUGUUUAUAUGCGCAAUGGGGCGUCCCAAUGGAGUGAGUGCAGAGCAGCAAGUCACGUCAGAGGUGAAUACUGUGGACCUGACUUUGAAGCAGCUUGGGACGACCUUAUUUCAGAAGGAAUUGUCAAGGCUGAGACGAGAGACAGUUUCAAUCUGCCAUGGUAUUUCCCCAAUGCGGAUGAAAUGAGAGAAACUGUUGAAGCGUCGGGUGCGUUCGAGAUUGUGAAGUUGGAAGUGUGCAGUGAAGUGUGUUGUAUGGGGGAAGGAGAUUUUGAGGAAUGGGUGAGAGAUGUGGAAUGUUUUGGCAAGAAGAAGGCGAGGCUGGUGAGGAGCUUUGUGGGAAGCCUUGUGGAAGACGCAAUUGGAAUGGAGAAUUGCAAUGCAUUGUUUGAGAGAAUGGAAAGGAGGUCCAGUGAAAUGUUGGAGAAGGGUCUCCUCCGUCCUUCCAGAUUUGUUCCCUGCAUUGUAGCUGCUCUCGUUAGAAAAUAAAGACAUUGUGUUCUCAAUUAUUAGAUUCCUUCUGAUUUCGUUUCUGCAUUCCAGUAACGUAAAAUUAAUCUUUAGGAUGCUUGUUCGACUACCUAUAGAUUUUUAGCAAACUUGAUAAGGAUAUGUUGACAAAACGUUUUUUCCCCAUAGAUAAUUCAUGUUUUAAAGAAUAGUCGAUUUUCCAUCGGCAUGUCUUACUCUUAAAUAUGGAAUAGAAAUGAUUCUUAAUCCAUUAUAACAAUCCAAUUAAUUUAUCA